CUCCCCCACUCGCCCUCUAUCUCAAAAAUAAGCAAACAUUUUUAAAAAAGAAAAGAAACAUUUUACCAGACCUUCAAGGCUGAUCUGUUACUUAACCAUUGAAUAAAAAGAGAUUCACCGGUCCCAAAUGAAUCCAAGCCUCCUCUAGGAGAAAGAGGAUAUCCUGGCUUUAACGGGAUCUCUCCAGAGCCCAGAAGUUGGGAAGGUGGUUUCCACAAGGCACAUUCCAUCAGACAUUGAAACUCUUCUUCAGCAUGCUGAUCCCAUUUUCAAUGAAGAAUUGCUUCCAGUUACUUUGUAACCUCAAGGUCCCAACAGCUGGCUUUAAAAACACAGUAAAAAGUGGGCUUAUUUUACAAUCGAUUUCUAAUGAUGUUUAUCAAAAUCUGGCUGUAGAAGACUGGAUCCAUGACCAUGUGAAUCUAGAGGGCAAGCCGGUUCUUUUCCUUUGGAGAAAUUCUCCCUCUGUUGUAAUAGGUAGACAUCAGAAUCCUUGGCAGGAAUGCAACCUGAAUCUGAUGAGAGAAGAAGGUAUAAAACUGGCUCGGAGAAGAAGUGGAGGAGGAACAGUCUAUCAUGAUAUGGGUAAUAUCAAUUUGACUUUUUUUACAACCAAAAAAAAGUACAAUAGGAUGGAGAAUUUAAAAUUAGUUGUGAGAGCUCUGAAUGCUAUCCAACCCCAGCUGGAUGUGCAGGCCACCAAAAGAUGUGACCUUUUACUUGAUGGACAGUUUAAAAUCUCAGGAACAGCUUCUAAGAUUGGCCGGACUACUGCUUAUCACCAUUGCACUUUAUUAUGUAGUACCAAUAGGACCUUCUUGUCAUCUUUGCUGAAGAGCCCUUACCAAGGGAUCAAGAGCAAUGCCACUGCUAGCAUACCUUCCGUAGUAAAAAAUCUUUUGGAAAAAGAUCCCACUCUGACCUGUGAAGUACUGAUGAAUGCUAUUGCUGCAGAAUAUGCUGCUUACCAUCAAAUUGAUAAUCAUAUUAACCUAAUAAACCCAACGGAUGAGACACUGUUUCCUGGAAUAAAUAAUAAAGCCAAAGAACUACAGACCUGGGAGUGGAUAUAUGGCAAAACUCCAAAGUUUAGUAUAAACACUUCCUUUAAUGUAUUAUAUGGACAGUCAUAUUUGGAAAUUAAAAUAGUCAUAGACAUAAAGAAUGGAAGAAUUGAAAUCUGUAAUAUUGAAGCACCUGAUCAUUGGUUGCCACUGGAAAUACGUGACAAAUUAAAAGCAGGUUUUAUUGGCAGUAAGUUUUGCCCAAUUGAAACUACUAUGCUAACAAGUAUAUUACAUAAAACAUGUCCUAAAGAUGAUGAACUGCACAGUAAAUGGAAUAUUCUCUGUGAAAAAAUUAAGGGAAUAAUGUGAUUCCAAAUAAAUUUCUUAAUGGUUUUAACGAUAAUAAAAUGUUUACUUUGU